AUGGCUGAAGCAUUGAUAUUGCCCGAACAUAUUUCGCCAGAGGCUGCUUUUCAGGGAUGGCGAAAAUAUGUACAGCAAUAUACCACGUGCGACCUGCUAUCUGGACGGGACAAGCUCCCAGAGAUAUCCGACCUGGCUGCGGUCUUUCAGAAGCAGUUCCCAAGGGGCUCCCGUCCCACAUACCUCGCCGGAAUAUGGCGAGAAGAUAUCAAUCCCAGUCUCCUAUGGCGUCGUGAUAAGCGCCAUGUAGCCCAAGAAAGACCGCGCGACGCGAUGGUGCCUUCCUGGACUUGGGCCUUCUGGAAUGGCCCGAUCCUUUUUGAAGCUGAAGACAUUUUAGCGGAGUCGAAGAUAAAGGUGUGCGAUGCAUCAACUGAACUGGCGGAGAGGGACUAUCCAUUCGGCCGAGUCCUAUGGGGCCACCUUAAGCUUGAGGGGAUGGUGCUUCUAUACGCUGCGCUCCUAACGGCCAAGCAAAGGCAGGAUACUUUGCCAGCUCCAGAGAUUCACCUUGACGAUGACGGGUACUUCCCAGAAAAUGGCUGUUUACUUCUGGUGAACGAUCGAGCAGGAUUACUUCUACAGUUCACCGGACCGGCCACUGCUCGCUGGUGUCGUCGAUUUGGAAUGUGUAAAGGCCCAAAAGAUAUUGACUUAGAUUAUUGGGACUUUUACGCGGCGUUGACCCGGAUGACUCUCUCAAUAUCAUAG